AUGUACAUUGUCAACAGUUCCAGCAGUUCCUCUACCAUGAGUCCGAUGGGCCCCGAGAGGCUACUCCCGUCCAGUGUGCAAUCUCUGCCUGGCCUGACCUCUGAUGAGGGAAUCUGCUUUUUCUUCCAGGGUCCCUUUUCCUUUGAGGAGGUGUCCGUCCCUUUCACAGAGGCAGAGUGGGCCCUGCUGGAUCCGGACCAAAGAGCUCUGCACAGGGAAGUCAUGCUGGAGAACUAUGGGAACGUGGCCUCUCUGGCAAAGGAUGAUCAGAUGAAUGAGGAGGGUGAGGAACUACAGCUGCGUUUGCCAGAUGAAGUUAUUAAUAAAGACUCGAAAGGAAAUGUAAGGAAUCGAGGCAGACCCAAGAGAAAGAAGGACAGCCAUUUUGUUGAGAAGAGAAAUGGAAGAAAGCGUAAUGAACAUUUUCCCAAGCACAAUACAAUGGAGAUGAGUCAGUCCAUUAAGUAUGGAAAGGACAUCAGAUAUAGAUCACAGCUUCUAGUGAACCAAAGAAUAGAAAAACGAGAUAAAUCUUUUGAAAGCUCAGAGUGUGGAAAGACAUUCCGUCAGAAUGGCAAGCUUCAGCAGUGUCAAAGAACUCACAAAGAGGAUAAACUGUUUGAAUGCACAGUAGGUGGAAAGAAAUUCGGGUUCAAUGGCAAUCUUCCGCAGCAUCAAAGAAGCCACACAGGAGAGAAACCUUUUGCAUGCUUAACGUGUGGAAAGAUAUUCAGUCAGAGUGGCCAUCUUCAAAACCACCAAAGAACUCAUACAGGGGAGAAACCUUUUGCAUGCACAGAGUGUGGAAAGAGAUUCAGUUGGAGUGGCCAUCUUCAAAAGCAUCAGAGAACCCACACAGGAGAGAAACCUUUUGAAUGCUCAGAAUGUGGAAAGAGAUUCAGUCAGAGUGGCCAUCUUCAAAAGCAUCAGAGAACCCACACAGGAGAGAAACCUUUUGAAUGCUCAGAAUGUGGAAAGAGAUUCAGUUACAGUAGCACUCUUCAAAAGCAUCAGAGAACCCGCACAGGAGAGAAACCUUUUGAAUGCUUAGAAUGUGGAAAGAGAUUCAGUUGGAGUGGCCAUCUUCAACAGCAUCAGAGAACCCACACAGGAGAGAAACCUUUUGAAUGCUCAGAAUGUGGAAAGAGAUUCAGUCACAGCAGCAAUCUUCAAAAGCAUCAGAGGACCCACACAGGGGAGAAACCUUUUGCAUGCACAGAGUGUGGAAAGAGAUUCAGUUGGAGUGGCCGUCUUCAACUGCAUCAGAGAACCCACACAGGAGAGACACCUUUUGAAUGCUCAGAAUGUGGAAAGAGAUUCAGUCACAGCAGCAAUCUUCAAAAGCAUCAGAGGACCCACACAGGGGAGAAACCUUUUGCAUGCUCAACGUGUGGAAAGAGAUUCAGUCAGAGUGGCCAUCUUCAAAAGCAUCAGAGAACCCACACAGGAGAGAAACCUUUUGAAUGUACAGAAUGUGGAAAGAGAUUCAGUUGGAGUGGCCAUCUUCAACAGCAUCAGAAAACCCACACAGGAGAGACACCUUUUGAAUGCUCAGAAUGUGGAAAGAGAUUCAGUUACAGUAGCACUCUUCAAAGGCAUCAGAGAACCCACACAGGGGAGAAACCUUUUGCAUGCUCAGAAUGUGGAAAGAGAUUCAGUUACAGUAGCACUCUUCAAAAGCAUCAGAGAACCCACACAGGAGAGAAACCUUUUGAAUGCUCAGAAUGUGGAAAGAGAUUCAGUUGGAGUGGCCAUCUUCAACAGCAUCACAGAACCCACACAGGAGAGACACCUUUUGAAUGCUCAGAAUGUGGAAAGAGAUUCAGUCACAGCAGCUAUCUUCAAAAGCAUCAGAGGACCCACACAGGGGAGAAACCUUUUACAUGCACAGAGUGUGGAAAGAGAUUCAGUUGGAGUGGCCAUCUUCAACAGCAUCAGAGAACCCACACAGGAGAGACACCUUUUGAAUGCUCAGAAUGUGGAAAGAGAAUCAGUCACAGCAGCAAUCUUCAAAAGCAUCAGCGGACCCACACAGGGGAGAAACCUUUUGCAUGCACAGAGUGUGGAAAGAGAUUCAGUCACAGCGGCACUCUUCAAAAGCAUCAGAGAACCCACACAGGGGAGAAACCUUUUGAAUGCUCAGAAUGUGGAAAGAGAUUCAGUUACAGUAGCACUCUUCAAAAGCAUCAGAGAACCCACACAGGAGAGAAACCUUUUGAAUGCUCAGAAUGUGGAAAGAGAUUCAGUCGCUGUGAUACUCUUCAAAGGCAUCAGAGAACCCACACAGGGGAGAAACCUUUUGAGUCCUUAGAGUGUGCAAAGGGAUGA